CACACACACACACAUGCGAGGAAUACACACGCCAUGACCAACGUUUCUGGAGGUGAGACGGCUAAAGUGGGACAUCAGGAUGUCCUGGAGCGCUACGUGAGUUUCUACAGCCGGGUGUGGAGUGAGGGCGGCGUGAGGGUGUGUGAGGACACACAGCUGAUGGAGCAGGCCGGGCAGGUGCUGGUAACCCCGGGUCGGGCAGCACACACCUUCACACUCCUGCCAUUUUACCCCACUCUGAUCGACAUCAUCAGCACCACCAGCAGCACCAGUAACGCCAGCACCAGUAACGCCAGCACCAGUAACGCCAGCACCAGUAACGCCAGCACCAGUAACGCCACCACCGUGCUUCAGCGCCUGAGUAAAGCCUUCGAGGUGCUCGAGCUGUUCUGCAUUAACCUGUUCCUCUUUCCCUGGAGAAAAGAGAUUAAAACCCUGAAGAAGUUCACAGGUCAUUUUGUUUACUACAUCAAAGCGAUUCUGCCGCUGCAGACGAUUCGGACCGUCCUCCACCACAUUGGCUACGACUCUGAAACCGACACCGAGUAUCAACUGUCCGAAAACGCCGACCCAAACCGGGCCAAAGAAAUGGGCUUUGAGCUCCUUCUGGCCCGGAUUGAAUGUGAACACCUGAUUAAUAUCACGAGCCAGACGUCUGACGCUGAAGCUCUGGAGAUCAUCCAGAAGCAAUGUUCUGCUCCGGCUCUUCAGGAGGAACCGGAUCUCGAUCACAGUCCAAACGGGGUUCUGGAGGAGGACAGAGCAAGCAGAGACGACUUCCUGUUAAAUCCAGAACUGUGUUUAAAAUCUUCAGACCUGGAUAUGAACGAGUGCCAAACCUCCAGACAUGGAUCGUUCCUGAGUGAGGACAAGUCCAUCCUGGAGAUGCAGAAGGAUUACCCAGACCUGGCCUUCCGACAGAGACCCAUCUUUAAAAGCUCAUCUACCAGGGUAAGGCGUUCCGGAGUGAGAGACAUGAAGUCGGGCCGUGAAACGAGUGGCCCUCUUACCAUCACCUUACACCCUGAAGCUCCACAACCUUCUGUAGAACCUCGUUCCUCAGAAGAGCAGCCUCAGCUUGUUGGAGCUGCAUCACACACUCCGGGGUUAAAAUGCGGCGACGACACCCCGGUGUCGGACCUGGCCGACAGGAUGGACAAGCUGAAGCUGAAGGAGUUCCCCGGCGAGGAGCCUCUGAAGUGUCCGGUGGAGGAGACGGCGCAAUGCGAGAAGAUCGAGACGAUCCCGAUCCUCUGCAGUCCCUCGCACGAGUCCGUCUGCAGUAUCACCGGCUGCGGCAGCUGCUUCGCCUCCGACCGACUCCAGCAGCACCACGGCAUCACCGAGCCUCCGCAGUCAUUCUACAUCCCCAACCGUGUGAGCGGUUCUGCUCCGGCGCCCCCUGCAGAGCACGAUGAGAACAACGAUCCAUGCAGCAGAGCCGAUCCCGUCCUACACCACACCCUGGAGCUCUGACAAACCUGUGUGAUGAGGAACGUGUUCGUCUCAGGUGAAGAACUCCAGAAGCUCUCGCAGAUCCACGUACAGUAUCUCAUCAUCUUCAUGUUCCUGUGAUGAGACUCUUGAACUGCUUGACCUCUGUGUUCCUCCGUGCACCACAUGGUGGUCUGUGCUCAUGUGCUCUUAACCUCAACACCUCCAGGAAGAAGAAACACACAAGCUUCUUUUUCACAGUAAACUGAAGUGUGUGUGUGUGUGUGUGUGUGUGUGUGUGUGUGUGUGAGAGUGUGUGACCUGUUUAAACAGGGGUGUCAAACACACAACGCGAGGACCAGCACCGGCCCGAUACGGGUGGAACACGUUCUUUAUUCUUGAUUUAAAAUCAUAUAGUGGACUGUAGCGCUAGUCUGUUGGUAUUCCUCUAGAGGGCGAAGUAGAGCAGAACACUUGGAGUAAUAAACCCAGCUCCUGAGGGGACAUGUUGAUGAUGUCAUUGUUCAUUAUGAAGGUAAACUUCACCGCUGUAACCACGCCUCCUCCUCUAACAGGAGCCACUGGUUAGAGAUUUUGCAGCAUGGGAGUCAAUACUUACGCAAUCACAAUUUAACAUUUUCUAUUUGUAAAACUUUUUCUACAUUGAUUUCCCCUUAUCUGAAUAUUAUGGGAGACUCGGUGUGGAUUAUUGACAGAAGAUCCACUUUCACUCUUGUGUUUUGUGUGAAUGUGUUUUUUUUAUUUUCUUCCCUCAUGACAUUUUAAAAGACAAAAGUCCUUUAACUCCUGACGUGUGAGACCUGGUGGUGCAGUGGUAAAGACCUCGCUUCUGAGGUUGGAGGUUGCUGGUUCGAAUCCAGCUUGGCCGUGUGUGUGAGUG